AUGCGAAUGUUUGUCUCAAUAGCCCAGAAUGCCUGGGGAAUUUUUAGAUCUGAAAGGAAGCCUGGCUGGAAGUAUCUGAUGCAGCUUUUUGCAGUUUGCUCUGCAGUUGGCUUCCUCUCAAGCUUUCUCUUAUUCCUUGGCAUGCACUUCUCCCUGGCACAUCACCCUUUGGGUCCCUUAUUGAUUUCUGGAUUCAUCUGGAUCUCGCUUUCUAUCGCGCUCUCCUGUUGCAAGCACCUGCGCUGUUUUAGUGUCCUGUUCCUUCUUUCUUGCGGACUGCGAAAUGGCAGGGAUGCUCUUAUUACUGCUGGCACAGGCAUCGUAGUGGCCGGCCACAUCCAAAAUAUUUUUCAUAACCUAAAGGUUCUGGCAGACAGUAUAACCUGUCAUUUGGAGUAUGAGCAAUUUGCCUUGAUAAAAUAUUAUGUUGAGGCAGUAAAAUGGAUUUACGAGGCAGCCAAGCUUUCCACUGAACUAUCUAAAUAUAUAGUGUUCCUAAGGCACGAAUUCACACCAUCUUACUCAAUUUCAGAUGAUGCAUUAAAACAAGAGCUAAAUGACACAAGGCAAGAAAUCCAGAGAGUUGCUAACCAGAUAUCUUUUAUGCUGACUAUACUGCCCUAUAUAGGCCAGAAAGUACUGCCUGUAGUGGGGAUUUUUCUAGCUUCUUUUGGAACUGGCCUCUUUAUCAAAAAAUUUGUGGGGUCUCACAGUGCCAAAUUUAAGAAUACUUAUAUCACUAAAGAGUUCAUUGUGUUUGAUGAGCACCAAAAGCAACAGCAAAGACCCUGCCUUCUGCCACUUAACAGAAAAGAAAGAAAAGAUUAUGUGACAAUCCCAUCUUUCUGCCUCACAAGGAAGGACAGAAAAAACAUGCAGUAUUUUUUUCUCCCUGUAAUUAUUCAUCUUUGCAUCUGGCUUCUGUUUGCUGCAGUAGAUUAUUUAUUUUAUUGGUUAAUUAUUUCUGUGAACAAACAUCUCCAAGGAGUACCGGAUCUAGAGAUUCAACUCAGCCUCUUUCAGCAAAGGAAUGAGAACAGCUUUAUCAUUGGCAUGAGAGAGCAUAUUGCAAAGACUGAUCCUUUCAAGAUCUCUCUGUUUAAGCAUGACUGCAUCCCUCAGCCAGAGCUCAGUCUCUCCACAACAUGGAUCCAGCUUGGAGUCAUCAUCUUCUUCUUAAUCAUUUUUGGGUUAUUCUCUGGCUUCCUGACCCAACUUAAAAUACUCGUGUCAACUUCAUUUUAUCCUGACACUGAGAUGAAACGGAUACAAUAUUUGCAUGCAAAAUUACUCAAGAAAAGAGCAAAGCUACAAGGGAAAACUGAGAAGAAUGGGUUUGCUAGAACGGUCAACUUUUGGUUUCCAAUACUCAAGGCAAGAGAGGCAGUGAGAAAGAAAGAAAGGACUGUGGCAAAUGACAACAUGGUGUGA